UCAUCACCUCGCAUUCAAUAUAAUAUACUAACCAAGUUUUAAGGACCCUCUUUACUGAUUCUGCUCGCUUAGUAUAAGGAAAACCCUUGCGAUUUACACCGUUCAAAGCAUCAGGUCAUGGCAGUGGCUGAGGCAAGAAGAGGAGAUGCUUCAAAUUUAACGGGGAAACUUCGUGCUUUCUCUGUAAAGUAUGUCAAAAUUUCCGAGGACGACAUGGCCCGCGCCAGACGCUUGGUGACUGAUUACGUCCAAGGUCAAGUCAUGGUGUUUUGCAAACAGCGCUCGUCUCUUCCAAUACUAAAACUGGAGUAUACCGGCAGUGUGUACGAGAGGCUGAAGACUGAAGCUGCCGAUGAAGUAGAUGUCAUGGUAGUUUUGAAAACGACAAAGAGAGAGAUCGAGGUUGUUGGAUCCGGAAUAUCUGGCUAUGUUCGCCUCAUGGCAAGAGGUGACUCUGUGUUCCGUCGGUAUGCAAGUCAGGAAGGUUAUAUCGACCCUGUGCGCCUUCGAGAUAGUUGGUUUUACAGCCUCGUUGUCCAAGCAGUAAAUGAUUUUGACGCUAAAUCACCAUUCUCUGAAGUCCGUCUGGUUGUUCGUUACCACGGGCCAGCGGUACAGCUUGACAUUUGCAGGAGAGGAACUAACGAGAAGUUUUUAUCGGUUGAUCUCGUUCCUUGCUUCCAACUAGGGGAGAGCUGCUAUGUCGCGAAGCCUUACAACGGGAGUUACCCUGUUUCUAAUCACGAGCUCCUGUGGAGGCAGUCGUUCUCGUUACAGGAGAAGCAGAUCCUAGAGUACAUGGACAGAGAUGGUGGCUGUAGGCACGAGCUCCUCCGAAUUGUGAAAACCGUUGUUAAAAAGCAGGCGACAUCUUUACCACUGGAGUCAUACUACUUGAAGACCGCCUUCUUGCACUACAUAAAGGGAGGAGGUCUGCAAAACUGGGUGAGCGGAGACGCACUGGGGAACCAUUUCCUUGGGUUUCUUAGAGCAUUGCAGGAUUUUCUGGAGAGAAGAAAUCUUCCGCACUAUUGGUUACCUGGUGUGAACCUCCUGGAUGACAUCGCUCAAGUGGUUACCAGAAAUAUGGCAUAUCGGCUUCAAGCAAUUCUAAAUAGCGAGGCAGAAAGGAAUAAAAUUCUUUCUUGAAGAGAAGGACAGAUCAGCUGAGACACUCCGAAUCUUACAAUUUACAUUGUAAUGCGUAUAAUUUUGCUUCAGAUAAUAAUCAGUAUAACUCGUAACCAUAACUGAGUUAGAGCGGAAAAUCGACUAAUAGGGCAAUAAAGCGAUUUCCAUGACAA